CACAACUUGCGUGUUGUUUUCAAGCUCUUUGUGCGGGGAUUAGCUGCCGCGCGGGCCUCGGGAAUGCCGCCUGGUCCUGGAUUUGCCGCUGCCUCCGGCCGGAGGCGAGCGGCUGCCCCCCAGCUCGGGGGCUGAGUGCGGAGUGCGGAUGACCCACCCGAGAGCCCCGAAGGGCGGAGCACACGGACUUGCGGCCUGCAGAAUCCGGAGAGCAGGCAGCUUUUCCUCCGCCUGCCUGAUCUCACGCCGGCGGCGCCGUGAAAGCCGGGCCAUACAGCAGCUUCGCCUUCUGAUUACGGCCGGCGGGCAGCGAGGCCGCGGGGCGCGAGGGGACCGACGCGCAGCCUCCCUGGCUCUGCUCGAGCCUCCUGAUCGCGGCGGGGGGCGCAGGCGGGUCCGCGGCGGAGUGGCCGACUGAGCCCCCGGCCGGCGCGCCUCUCCCCGAGGAGCCAGUGCAGUCUAGCACGCACAGCGGCGUGCAGGGUCAAAGAAAGUCGGCCCCCCAUGUCAGUGGUCUAGGAUGGCCAGUGAAGCCACCAACAUCCCAAGUCCUGUGGUGCGUCAGAUUGACAAGCAGUUUCUGAUUUGCAGUAUAUGCCUGGAACGGUACAAGAACCCCAAGGUUCUUCCCUGUCUGCAUACUUUCUGCGAGAGGUGCUUGCAGAACUACAUUCCCGCCCACAGUUUAACCCUGUCCUGCCCCGUGUGCCGCCAGACCUCCAUCCUGCCCGAGAAGGGGGUGGCCGCGCUCCAGAACAACUUCUUCAUCACGAACCUGAUGGACGUGCUGCAGCGAACUCCUGGCAGCAACCUCGAGGAGUCCUCCAUCCUGGAGACGGUCACCGCGGUGGCUGCCGGGAAGCCGCUCUCUUGCCCCAACCACGAUGGGAAUGUGAUGGACUUUUACUGCCAGUCCUGUGAGACGGCCAUGUGUCGGGAGUGCACCGAGGGGGAGCACGCAGAGCACCCCACCGUCCCUCUCAAGGACGUGGUGGAGCAGCACAAGGCCUCGCUCCAGGUGCAGCUGGACGCCGUCAACAAAAGGCUCCCAGAAAUAGAUUCUGCUCUUCAGUUCAUCUCAGAAAUCAUCCAUCAGUUAACCAACCAGAAGGCCAGCAUCGUGGAUGACAUCCAUUCCACCUUCGAUGAGCUCCAGAAGACUCUGAACGUGCGCAAGAGCGUGCUGCUGAUGGAACUGGAGGUCAACUACGGCCUCAAACACAAAGUCCUGCAGUCGCAGCUGGACACGCUGCUGGAGGGGCAGGAGAGCAUCAAGAGCUGCAGCAACUUCACGGCGCAGGCCCUGAACCGUGGCACGGAGACCGAGGUGCUGCUGGUCAAGAAGCAGAUGAGCGAGAAGCUGAACGAACUGGCGGACCAGGAUUUCCCGCUGCACCCGCGAGAGAACGACCAGCUAGAUUUCCUCGUGGAAACCGAAGGGCUCAAGAAGUCCAUCCACAACCUCGGGACGAUUUUAACCACCAACGCCGUCGCCUCUGAGACGGUGGCCACGGGCGAGGGGCUGCGGCAGACCAUCAUCGGGCAGCCCAUGUCCGUCACCAUCACCACCAAGGACAAGGACGGCGAGCUCUGCAAGACGGGCAACGCCUACCUCACCGCCGAGCUGAGCACGCCCGACGGCAGCGUGGCCGACGGAGAGAUCCUGGACAACAAAAACGGGACCUACGAGUUUCUGUACACCGUGCGGAAGGAGGGGGACUUCACCCUGUCCCUGCGGCUGUACGACCAGCACAUCCGAGGCAGCCCCUUCAAGCUGAAGGUGAUCCGGUCCGCGGACGUGUCGCCCACCACGGAAGGCGUGAAGAGACGCGUGAAGUCCCCGGGGAGUGGGCAUGUCAAGCAAAAGGCCGUGAAAAGACCCGCGAGCAUGUACAGUACCGGAAAACGAAAGGAGAACCCCAUCGAGGACGACCUGAUCUUUCGAGUGGGGACCAAAGGAAGAAAUAAAGGAGAAUUUACAAAUCUUCAAGGAGUCGCUGCAUCUACUAGCGGGAAGAUUCUCAUUGCAGACAGUAAUAACCAAUGUGUGCAGAUAUUCUCCAAUGAUGGACAGUUCAAAAGCCGCUUUGGCAUUCGGGGGCGCUCCCCCGGGCAGCUGCAGCGACCCACAGGCGUGGCUGUGCACCCCAGCGGGGACAUAAUCAUUGCAGAUUAUGAUAAUAAGUGGGUUAGCAUUUUCUCUUCGGAUGGGAAGUUUAAGACAAAAAUUGGAUCAGGAAAGCUGAUGGGGCCCAAAGGCGUCUCUGUGGACCGCAACGGCCACAUCAUCGUGGUGGAUAACAAAGCGUGCUGCGUGUUUAUCUUCCAGCCCAAUGGGAAAAUAGUCACCAGGUUUGGUAGCCGAGGCAAUGGGGACAGGCAGUUUGCAGGUACACUCGAUGGUCCUCACUUUGCAGCUGUAAAUAGCAAUAAUGAGAUUAUCGUUACGGAUUUCCACAAUCAUUCUGUCAAGGUGUUUAAUCAGGAAGGAGAAUUCAUGUUGAAGUUUGGCUCCAACGGAGAAGGAAAUGGUCAGUUCAAUGCCCCGACAGGUGUGGCUGUGGACUCCAAUGGUAACAUCAUCGUGGCCGACUGGGGCAACAGCAGGAUCCAGGUUUUUGAUGGAAGCGGAUCGUUUUUGUCCUAUAUUAAUACAUCUGCUGACCCACUCUACGGCCCCCAAGGCCUGGCCCUGACUUCAGACGGCCACGUAGUGGUGGCAGACUCUGGAAACCACUGCUUCAAGGUCUACCGGUACUUGCAGUGACCUUGACCGUUGGCCACUGGACGCCCCUUUUACCAAGGUCUUGCACUAUAAACUGGAAUGAAUUUCUCGGCGCGGGACCAGAUUAUACUAGACUUUUCAUGCUAGAUGGAAUCAUUGGUGAACUUUCCAAGGUUGUUUCUGAAUGUAACAGUUUCCUUAAAAACUGCUUAUCUGAUUUCUGUAAUUCAUCUUUAGGGUUUAAGAAAAGGAAAUUUCUUCUACUGAAUCUACAGAAAAUGCAAAGUUUUACUCCUGUGAACUAUGGCCUGUAGGACAGGGAUUGAUGUAGUUGAACUAAUUUUGCAAAUCAAACAAGCAUUUAAAAAAAUCUAGAAUACUUAAAGGUUAUUCAUUAAUCCUGUGAAUGAUAGCUUUUGCACAGAGCUUCCAAAAUUAAAACAAAACGAAAACAAAAUCUGUUGUAGUUAUAUACUUUAUUUAACCUCAGUCUCAAGACCUGGGGAAACUUUUAACCUCUGGUCACCUUUUUUGGUUAUCAACAAUGACAUAGAAGUGACUUUAGGGAAAAAAAAAAAUAAAGACUGUCAUGCAAGUCUGAUUAGCAGGUCUGUGAGUUUAGCACUUAACUAUCAAUGCAAAUUUCCCACCUUUCCUGGAUUCGAUCACAGAUCCUUUGGCUCCAUUCCUCUUGCCUGCUCUCAUUAUAUCAAAAAAAAAAAUACAUUUUCAGGGAAACCUGAAAUAACCAAUGCUUUGCAAAGCAUAUCCAAUAGCAAUGCUACCUUUUGGCAGACAGCCGUUCACUCCAGAUUCAUGCACUGGAAUGUAAUCAAGAAAAGAAUGAGUGAUGUUUUUUUUUGUGCCAUGUUCUCACGUGUCUCCCUUCUUCCACGUCAUGAAAGCGAAAGCUUUACCUCCUGCAAAUGUCAGCACGCGUAGUGGGACACCAGUAUCCUAGGACAGAGAGCCAUAAGGAGCCCUUGGGAGGACUGUGGUGUCAGCCAAAGGCAUGCGAUUGAUGAAUGGUUUUCCCUUAGAAAGCAAGUGUUACCAAAGUUGUGUUAACUCAAAAACCUUACAGGUAAGGGCAUGUUAUGGUUAUUUAUCAUUGUCUAAUGAAUAGUAGAGGCAUUAAAGGACUAUGUACACAUGAUUAGGGUAAGGUAGGAUGUUUCAUAUAUAUAGGCAUAUAUAUAUAUAUAGAUAUAUAUAUACAGCUGAACCUUCGGUGUAUUGAAAUAGGCAGCACUCUGAAAAGCAGCAUCGCCCAGCCUUCUUCAGCAAGCCCCUUCACUGCGCAGUCAAGCGCCCUAUGGAACAGCCCUAAAGCAAACGAGUUCGCCACUUUCCGGGAGUCAGAAAUGGCCUUCUAUGCUUUCAAACAAAACAGGUCAAAAGAAAAGCUGAAUUUGAGUUCCAAGGAAAUCAAACCUAAGUACAAAUGUGUUUUAAGAAAUGCUAAGGAUAAUUUAGUCAACCUGUCAUGAUACUGUAAAAUUAGUUGUGGUCUCUUUCCACAGUUGAACUUUCUACUCAGUUCUACCAAAUAGGAUGCCAAGCUUGGCAUUUUCGAUAAUGACUUUGGGAUCUUUUUCACUGAAAGCACCUUAGCACUGUACCAUAAGAAAACAUUUCCCUUAUGUGUAAUUAUAUGAAUGUGAUGUUUACUGCUUAUUAAUUUAUAACGCAAUCACACUCUUCUAUAGGACUUUUUAACAUUUCGAAGGAAAUCCAGCUACUUCUAGUUAUCUGUCAAAUUUAUUAUGCCCAAAUCAACCUCUGGAAGAAUAUUUUUCAGGGAGAUUUACCUUUAGAUUUAGUAUUUUUUUAAGUUAGAUAGCGUUUUCAAAAUACUUGAGCCUGUCUGUGAUAAAAUUAGAAAAUUCAAUAACAUUUUUAGACUAUUAAACUAAGACACUUUCCUAACAUCGGUGAAACGUCUUUGAAUUUACACGUUCAUAUUUGAUGCAUGAUCACAAGGUCUCCUGAAUUAUGCCAGACUCCAGGGCUACAGUGAAGACGAGAACCCCAACCCCUUGGAGUUCACAUCCCAGGGAGGGAAUUUCAUUCCACUGUUUAUUAACACUCUGCGUAAAAGAUAACAGUCUGGAAACCGUUUAAGAGAAACUUUUUAAGUGGUUAAAUUCAUUUUAGUUUAUUUUCACAAGUAAAAAUGCUUCCCUAUUUGGAUCCCUUUAUAAGCUAUUGAUCUUAAGACAUAGUUUCCUUAAAAGGUGUUUUUGUGCAACAUUUAAAUGAUAUUUGUGAGUUGAAAAAACUUCAUCAGCCAGCCCAUAUUAGGUUGGAUAACUUAACAGUAGAUUGAGUACAAAGUAAAAAUUUUACAUGUCAAAUUGGCUCAAACCGGAGUAAAAGAAUAAAUAUUUUGAUUCAGACCUGUUCUACUAUCUGAAACACUUGCUAUGGGCACCCCAGAAAAUGCCAUUUUCCCCCCAAAAUAUAUGAUCAUCUAUAUUGAAGUAUAGAUAACAUUACACACUUAAAUACAAAUGUGCAUUUACUAUAUUCUUAGUAAGCAUAUUUUAGGGAAGAAAGUGCUGCUGAUAAGAGAGGAAUAGACAAGAUUUAAAUGAAAUUUUGUCACAUUCUAUGGAAAAUGGUUUCUGGUAAACUGAGAAGGAUAUUAAAAUAAGUGACUUUUUUUCUGGGCUACCAUUAUUGUUUAUUUCUCUUUGUUAAUUGUACAGAACCUGUCAUACCUUCAUGAUAAGUAGCACUGAAAAAUGACUCAUUCAAAUUUCCCCUGGGCACUUACGGCAAAAUAUUGCCAGUUGGUACGUGAAGGUCCGUGACUGAACAUUACCUCCCAUGGAGCCCUCCCCUGCUGGACACGGGAGGCGGCAAGUCACUGGCCCGUCCAGAACCACAUGAAUAAAAAGCCUUUAUGACUGUUCCUCCUUUGUUUUUAAUGGUACUUAGUGUCUUGCUCUAACUUGAGUCUCCAGUAAUUAAACAAGUCAAGUUUCCUUAUUUUAAUUUGCUCUGACUAGAGUUGAGACAAGUAAAUGUCACAGGUUCAUGCAACUGGAACACACUUGCUUCUGCUAAGUAUACAGGGUAUGUCCUGUUGUGGAGUUAACUGGAAUAGUUGUGCACGAGCAUAUGGAUCCUUAUGUGAAGGUAACCGUCGGUAAUGCCGACUGAGUGCAACUGGAAGAAAUUGCAAAUAGCAGGUAAUCUGCAGAUGACUUCAAAUGGGAAAAAUCCUUUUGUACGUUUGGACUCUGUAGUAACCUCUCUAUUCACCAGCGUCUGAAAAGGGAGGAAUAUUUGUAGUUUAAUCAUGUAAAAUCAAGACCUUUCCAGGAAGGAUGAAAUUGAAGCUGUUGCUUACAACUGAAAGUCCUAAUACUGUUGCAUUCUGUAAAUGUUGCAGGGUUUUGAACUUUACAAUUAUUUUCAUAUUUUUGAUAACUAGGAAUCUAGAAUUGCCAUAAAGGAAACUAAGUGCCCAUUAAAGAUUUGUUUGGUAUAAAUAAAUGAUUUUUUUUGUUUGUUUUAAAUGACAGUAAGCUACAAAUCAUGAUGUUAAUCUUUAAAAAAUUUUUCUGAAGAUGAAUUGUGUGGCAGUGAUUGUGUGGUCUGUUUGUGGAGAAUGUAUGAAAGCUAUUAAUAGUCUAAAAUAGGUUCGUUGGCUAUGUUGUUCCAGUGAAUGUACAGCACUUCCAUUAACUUUGGAAAGCAACACAGCCUUAAACUCAGUGCUUUUGCUUUAUGACAUGGGAAUGUCCUGUCAUCCACAGAGUGUAUUCUUAUCACAGAACACUUUUCAUCAUCCUCAAUUCUGUAGCUUUUCAAUCCAAUGUAUGAUUAUGAAAGUUUUUUGCUCCCUUUUCUUUUUCAAUUUUUGUACAUUCCAUCUUUAUAAAUCUGUUUCCUACGCUUCCCGUGUAUAGAACACUUAGUCUUGCCCUGACAUUGAUACUUUCUCAUGGUUUGUUCUUUUAUGAAUUAAAAUGCUGACUGCCUAUUUAAAGAAAAAAGCAAGCGCUGUGUAUCCAAGUGUUUGUACGUUCAUAGUUACAUACGUACCACAGUAUUUUGGAUGCUUUAGUCUACAAUAAAACUUUAAAUUAAUUCUGUCUUGAAACAUAGGAGAAACAAGAUUCAUGUGUAUAUCUUUAUCAUGCACAAAAUCUCCAAUCAUUAUAAUAAAGCUUGUUUUCUCCA